GUCCGGCUGGGGACCCAGCCCCGUGGGCUUAUGGGCGGAGCGAGCCCGGCUGAGACGCCUCGUGCAAGGCGGGGAGAUGGGCACUAGCCAUGGGGCGGGGUCCUUGCUGAUGUGCCGGUUCCGGUGACCUCUAUGCGUCUGUCUCCCCCCAACAACCCCAUCUCGCUGGGCAUGGGAGGGGAGGCCUCGUAAAAGGGUCCUGCUGAGGUUCACGACGCUGCAGCUGCAGCCUUGCGACCCCUGGGACGUUGGGCAGAGGGAGACGCGAUCAAGCCCUUCGGCUGUAACUUCUAGGUGUUACUUCUCUUCCCUGCACACUUGUUGGUAAUAGAAGCUGAGAGAUCGUGAGAAGGGGCAGGGGACGGAGAAAUUCCUGGGAAAGCAGCCCUAGAAGUGAGCGGCGCCUGCAGCUGUGCUGCAAAAACAGCUUCUUGGUCUGGCAAACAUCAUGUGGCUCUCCCCCGAGGAACCCUGGUCCACUUGACAUUAGUAGAUCUGAUGUAGAACGACUUCUGCUGUCAGAUUAUUAUGAAAUAUAGACUGUAGAACGGCGAAUGGAAUGCAGUAACCUCGUGCCGUGUUUACUUGGGGCAAACUGUCCUCCAGCACCAAGAGACCCAGAAUGGACUAAGGUAUUUUCUCUGUUGACCAUGGAAUCCGAGACGGUUGUUCCUUGGGCGCGGAUGUUUACAAGAUGCUCUAGGAAGAACAUUCCCAGAGGGAAGCUCAUGGAUCUCACCUUCACAGCCAUUGUCCCACUGCUUCUCGGCAGCGUGGGGCUCUGUGCCCUCUUCAGGCUGCUGCAGCGAAUGAGGAUGCGAGCCUACCUCCAGGAUGCAGUAGUGGUGAUCACAGGAGCUACAUCUGGCCUGGGGAAAGAAUGUGCAAAAGCUUUCCAUGCAGCUGGUUCCAGACUGGUGCUUUGUGGCAGAAAUGGUGAGAGACUACAGGAUCUGGUGCAGGAGCUCUCUGCCAAGGCCAAUCACGCAAAGAAUAUACACAAACCUUUCACUGUGAUCUUUGACCUCUCUGAUACUAAAAUGGUAGUAAGUGCUGCUGAAGAGAUCCUGAAGGGUGUGGGUCAUGUGGACAUACUGAUCAACAACGCAGGGAUCAGUUACCGAGGCACGAUAUUGGACACGGGGAUGGAUGUGGACAAAAAAGUGAUGGAAACCAACUACUUUGGUCCUAUAGCAUUCACAAAAGCUCUUCUGCCCUCCAUGAUCAAAAGACAACAAGGCCACAUUGUGGUGAUCAGCAGCAUUCAAGGCAAAAUAAGCAUUCCUUUCAGAUCAGCAUAUGCAGCCUCCAAGCAUGCCACCCAGGCCUUUUUUGACUGCCUGCGAGCGGAGAUGGAACAGUAUGAAAUCGAUGUGACUGUUGUGAGCCCUGGCUAUAUUCAGACAAAUCUGUCUGUCAAUGCUGUAACUGCAGAUGGAUCUCGCUAUGGAGUUAUGGACAAGAACACCAUUGAAGGCAGAACAGCUGCAGAGGUGGCUCAGGUGGUUCUUAAUGCAGUGGGGCAGAAGAAGAAGGAGGUGCUCGUAGCUGGCUUACUGCCAUCCCUGGCUGUUUACCUGCGAACUCUGUCCCCCAGACUCUUCUUCACCUUUAUGGCAUCUAGAGCAAGGAAGGAGAGGAAAGCAAAGGACUCUUAGUCAGAGCUCAGCUCCCCUGGGCAUUGACUAGGAAAAGGAAACGAACUCAGGCAUCUUGGCUUUGUCGAUGGAUGUGUUACUUCAAGAAACAAAUGUAAAAGGUUGCAUCUUACCAUUGUGUGCAGAGUUGAAAGUUCCAUGCAGAUCAAGGGAGGCCCACGGUGCCAGAAAACAGUGCCUCACUGUCACCUAGAGGCGGCUUCCUCUACUACAGGUGAACUGCCUGAAGCUGCAGGGAUGAUAGCUGAGGAGAACCUUUCCCACUCUCCCCACCCUCAUUUUGAGUUUUAUUGCUCUCCAGUGAGUAGGAACUAAAGCCAAGCACAGGCAGACGGAUGUUCACUCUCCCCACACAGUGCUUCCAGUGAACUUCAGUCCUCACCCAGGAGCUCUCCAGAGCAGAGUCUGCUCCCAGUCCGAUCCAGCAGUUAUCCCUUGGGUUGGAAUGGUCUCCUGUGUCCCUAGUACACAGCAUCACUUGAUUUAAGCCAAAGUUAACUGUUCAGUGCUGCUUUUUAAACAGUUUAAAGAGCCCAGGUCUGGGUUAGGAAUGACACCAUGGAUAUCUGCACUGGAUGGAGCACGAGUGACCCAUUAAGCCACCUAGCCUUCCGAUCAGUUUUUGUAUUAGCCUUUUUCUAAAGUAGCUCUAGAAAGACAAGCCCUCCACGGCAGUGUUCGGCUCCAGUGCACGUUGCUGCCAGGUAAGCACUGAACCCCCGUGAAAGGUGGUGGCGAUGGCAGCAGCAGCAUCAAUGUGAACCUUUGACUGUAAAACACUCAAACACCCAGCAUUGUUCUACUGUGUGCCUAGAGCCAGGAAUAAGCUGUGACCCCUUUGGUGCCAAGCAACAAGCCUUGUGAUGACAAGGGGUGGGAAGUGAACCUGUAGGUGCAGCUAAUGGAGACAGACCCAUAUGGUUUUACCUGUUUUAAAGCCAUUAUGUGUUAAUUGGGACCUGUUACCUCAAAAUACAGUGUGGAAGCAGUACCCUGCUAAACAACUUCAGCAUUGAGGCUCCAGGAAGAGGAAACUAUCUGUCUCUUCUCCCAUUUUCCCUGUGCCUAAUGGAGCAUCUCCCUCACAGAGGGAGGCAGGACACUCAUCCCUUCUCCUGAACACUGGUUACUAGUGGGAAGAUUAGAAUCUGUACCCUAUAGCAGGGUGGUGUUGCUCAAUUUUCCACUUGUUUGAUAGGUCAGGCAGAAGGGGAGCGGACUCAUUCUUACCUUCCUUAUUUAAAAAAAAACCCUGAUAGCAGAAACCGAGUAAAAUCCGUCCAUACCGAAUCCCUGCACUCAGCUGCUAGCCCGUCCUGUGCUUAUUCUUAGUCUCCAUUUCUGCACACUUUACCACUCUUGCAUGUGUCCUGCCUGUAAGUGCACCUCAAAUGAUGGAAAUAAAAGUUGUACUCUGUGUCCCCUCA